AUGAACAACUCAGAGAGAAGGAGCAUUGAAAUGAUGAAUUAUAAUCUUGGCCCUCGUACUGGACCAACGAUGCCUCCACCCUCUCCCAAUUCUGUCAGAGCAUUAAGGAGAGGUUCUCUGGAUCCAUCUCUAGCAGGACGACUUCCAAAAUCUGCCUCAAGAAACAGUAUUCAAGACCCAGAAGCAUCACUCUUCGAUAAGGAUGACAAUCAAUCCUCCUUGUCGAAAAGCACCAAGUCAAACCCUUCCGAUCCAGUAACAAAUUCAUCAGUAAUGCAAAAAUUUGAACAUGCCAUCUUUACUUUUAUUUACUCACUAAGGCCCGAAGUUCCAAUGCAUGGAGCCUUAUCAUUUUUCAUUCAUAUUUUGAUUAUAUUUCAAUCUCUUAGUAUAGGAUCACCGAUAGAUUUAAAUUGGGGAUUGUAUGGUACUUGGAUUGUUAGUAUAAUAGCCAUUUGUCGGAGUUAUGGAUUUCAGUUUAUGAAUUAUGAAGCAUUUAUUGCCUUAGCAAUUAUUGUCUUCCUCACGCAAAUAGCAGUAUGCAUUGUCAUUUAUAUGACAUUUAAGGCCCAACAAGUCGGAAGUAGAUACUGGGAUAAGAUCAAAACAGCUGCAAGGGUAAUGUUUGCAAUAAUCUUUUUCAUGGCCAUACCAACAACCUAUGGUUUAAUGUUGGGGUUUUGGGAGUGUGACUAUUCCGCAACUGUGCCCUUAAAUGAAACUCCCACCUAUGUUCUUGUCAACUUUCCAACAGUAGGAUGUUGGUCUGGAUUGAAUGGCGCAUUUGCAGUCUUGUCAGUAAUCUUUCUCAUUAUUCAAACUGUCUUGGUUGCCUGUUCGAUAGCAAUCUUUAUUAACAUUAACAUCAAGACAAGGGAUUUAUUUGUGUUAGACAACCCUUACAUUAUAAUAAUCAUUAUGGCAUCUAAUCAAAUUUAUCUAAUUGUUUCCCAAGUCAUUCCUGCUUCAAUAAUUUUCGUUAGACCUAUUAUUUAUUUGGCCUUUGCAGUAUUGUUUCUUGCCGUGCUAUUUUGGAUGCAACCUUUCAUUCGAAGAGGAACUAAUGUUGUUUAUGGUGGAGUGGGAUUUGCAAGAUUAGCUAUUGGAGGUGUAUCAAUCGCCACAGCUCUGGUAAAUCAAACAAAUGAAUGGGGACUCGGUCUUGGACUAGUUGGUGCUCUUGUGGGAGGAAGUGCUGUUCUUUUUUCUAUUGGUUUAGUGGUGACCGACAUUUACACAAGGUACAUGCAGCAUAAAGGAAGAAAAAUUCUUCAAGAAUGUGUCCAAAAGAGAUCAUUUAAUACCUUGACAGAUUCCGACCAUUAUUUUGUCAAUAUAUUUGUCAGAUAUGCAAUGAAAGGAAAAGAAGCUGAUAUAGACCUUGCAGAUUCAUUUACCAAGUUAGCCAUGUCACAAAGAUUAGAAAUUAAUGCCACAAGUAUGAUAACUUGCGCAUUAUUCAUCAAGUUUAUUCUCACUACUAGUUCAGUAACUCUUGCCUUAACAUUGGUACAAAAAUCUCAAAAGAAAGGUGAUAACUUUUUUUUGAGAUUCAUAAUCUUUCUCAGAGUGAGAGAAGUCGAAAAGGCUUCAUCAAUGGGGAGAAACAAUUUUCAAUUGGAUCACAUUAUGUCGAGUGUAAAAAAAAAGUUGGAACUUUCAAGGGAGCUACAAGUUCUCUUUUGGAAAAAUGUCACCAUGGAACAAACAAAUGACGAAAAGCUUUAUAACAUUGUCAAAGAAAUACAAGAAUUGAGUGAAGAAUGUUCCAUUAUUUUCAGCAAUUUGCUAUCAAAUUAUGCUACUGAUGUGACUGUACUGCGAGCAUAUGCUGCCUUCCUUGAAGAUUUCCUUUUUGAUAACAUGGCAGCUGCUGAACUUUUGGAGGAGGCUAGUAUUAUAGAAGAGGAAAACUUUAAAAAGGCUUCUCGAAAUUUGGCUAGUAAAAGACCUAGUAUCACUGGAAGUAUUGGUCCUAAGAGGUCAAUUUAUGAAUCUGAUCUGAAAAUUUCCCUUAGUAGAGGAGGAUCACAAGAAGAUCUGAAUGCUAUGAAUUUUGAAUCUGUUAGUAAUGAAGAUAGAGAAGGUGCACAACAAAAUGUUUUUAGGAGCGCUGUCAAUAAGAAGGAGGAGCACCAAUUUCUUUAUAUUUUCAUUGCAUCUCUUGGAUUUGUUGGAAUCACCUUUAUAAUAGUGGUGUUAGUAUUGGGUUUAGUCAUUUCUCAAACCAGCAGCAAGAAUAUUACUCUCGUUGAGAAAUCUUGCUCAAUAUCUUCGUUACCUUAUCUUGUGUUGUCCGAUAUUAGAAGAAUUCAGUCAAUGAUGAGAACAUCAUCCAACAAAACAUAUGAUUCCUUCAUGACCAACCAUAAAGAAAGAUUAACUGAAGCACUUGAUAAGCUUGAGGUUGUAGAAACAUUCCUUAAGGAUUCCAUUUUCACUGAAACAAUGAUGGAACACUUUGUCAAGCUCAGCUCAAAUAUUUUAGUACCAAUCAUGCAAAUUAACUAUUCCGAGCCCCUUCUGUACUCUUCCAAGAAUGCUUCUGUUGCUGAUUUAGUAUCAGUAUUUCAGUCAACAUCUCAAAAGUACUUCGACCAUGGAAUAGAUCAUUACAAUGUUACCCGUGACAGUUUUGAUUUCCUUCUAAUUUGGAAUAACCGACUUGAUUUUACUCAAUCGUUUGAGAAAUUUUGCUCUAAAUUGAUAGCAGAUUCUGAGAGUCAAAUUUAUUCCUUCAGAAUUGUCUUCAUUGUUGUUAUAUCUUCAUUGGCUUUUGUUUUUGCGUUAUAUGUAGUUGUGUAUAUUAUUGUAAUUGUUAGGCAUUCAACUAUUCUUGACAAGACAUUGAAUAUUUUCAAAAAGAUUCCAAAAGAAGAGAGUUUGAAAGCAAUCCAUAAACUUGAAACCAACAGCAAUAAGAUUAUAACCCCUAAAGAACAUUUUGUCACUCCAAAGAAGGUCAUGUUAGUAAUGGUAGUUUUGAGUUUAUUUUUAACCUGUUUAGGAGCUGCUUUGAUUGUGUAUGAAAGUGUAUCCUUUAUUGAGGAUGGUAUGUUUGUUAUGCAGAAAGUCAAGACAGGAAAUACCUUCCUGCAAACCCUACAAAGAACAAAGUUCAAGAUCUUGGAAUUACUGAUGACUGAUUACGCAGAACUUGGAGUCUCUAGGGAUCAAUUUCAUGGUGAAAUUAAGCAACAUAUAUCUGAUUUGUUUGUUUCAUGGAAUUCCUUCAGAUAUGGUGAUGAAUCUAAUGGGUUUCAUCCAAUUACUGGUCUUUUAACAGAAGUGGAUAAAUCAGUUUCAGAACAAAAGAAUUGUACAGCAAACGAUUUUGCUUGUUAUUCGCUUGAUGAUUUGGUUUUAAUAUUCCAAAAUGCAGAAAAAGUUAACGACAACAUUUAUCAACAGAUUUACUCCAUACAAUCUCUUUUGGAUCAGUAUUCUGUUAUUUUCAAUGCAGCAAUAGCUACAGAUUCAAAGACAGACGGUGUUAUUGCGAGCUAUGUCAGCUAUUUCACAACCAAAACGAAUAUUUUAACUUCUGUUUUCGCUCCCGUAUCCUCCAUUCUGCUACUAUUCUUUGUUUACAUCAUUUACAGUGCGAUGAACGGAUUUUCAAACGAAGUGCAUCAAAUCAGAACAAUGCUCAAUCACUUACCCUGGGAAAUUCUCGAUUCCAACUCUGUUUUACAUGCCUAUGUCAUUAAUUAUUCACUCUCCGUUGGAAACGAUAGAGACUCAAAGAAAUCUAAUGAUAAUGCCUCAAAAGAAAAAGCUAUUCUUGAGGCAGCUGUAGAGGGAGCAGUCAUUUGUUCAACUUAUGGUAAUAUUAAUAUUUUCAACGAGUCUGCACAAAGAAUGUUUGGCUACAGAGCAGAUGAGGUCAUUGGUACUCAGCUCUCUGAUCUUUUCUCAUCAGAAACUAGAUCAAAGGUUGACUCUGUAGUUUCUAAUGCAAUUUCAUCAACCUCUUCCAAGGGUGAGACCAUUCCUCUUAUUGGACUUAGAAAAAACAAGACACAAUUCGCAGCAGUGAUUAAUAUUUCAGUAGCCAUUCUUGGUGAUGACAAGAAGGUCAUCACUUGUUUUAUUAAGGAUCAAACAAAUGAAAAAAAGAGAGAUAUUGAACUCGCUGAAGAAAAGAAAAAGUCUGAAGCUCUUUUACUAAAUAUUUUACCAGAAAGUGUCGCUCAUCGUUUACAGUCGGGUGAAACGUUCAUUGCAGACAAGAUUGAGGAUUGCACUUGCUUGUUUAGUGACAUUGUUGAUUUCAAUCUCGUAGCUGCUCAAAUGAGUGCCACCGAUGUGGUUCAAAUGUUGAACAUGAUUAUCAAUGGUUAUGAUUCCCUUAUUCCAAGAUAUAAUUUGGAAAAGAUUAAAACUAUUGGUGAAAAAUAUUUUUGUGUUGGUGGCCUUCCAACCCAUGGUCAACCAUCAACUGACCAUGUUGAAGAGGUACUUGGCUUUGCCAUGGACAUUUUCAGCAUUAUGCACCACUACAAUAUGGAAUUUGGAAGAAAGUUGAAUGUAAAAGUUGGUAUUCAUUCUGGAGGUUUAGUUGCAGGUGUAAUUGGCACACUCAAAUUCGCGUAUGAUGUUUGGGGAGAUGUUAUCAAUGUUGCAAGUAGAAUGGAGUCCACUUGCCAUCCAGGAAGAAUUCAAGUAACCAAGGAGACAUUUUCAAGACUCAAUCAUAAAUAUGAAUUCGAGGAAAGGCGAGAUGUUUUUGCUAAAGGUAAAGGAUUGAUGACAACAUAUCUUCUCAACAAGAUUUAUCACCAAGAUCCGCUUUCUCUUGAAGUUACUAUUGAUAGAUCAGAUAUUGAAAUGGCUGUAAAUCAAGCAAAUCAAGGAGGUCCUAAGUUCACUGAUUUGAUUUCGAACGCAAGUCAAGAUAUUCAUUCAGAGACUGACUCUCACCCUCAACAGGAAAUGGCAAUAGAAGAUGGGCGUUUAGCUGUUGCACCAAUUGCAGGCUCAAGAAGAGUAAGAUCCCAAAGUGUUAACAGCAAUUACAGUAAUUUUAGUUAUAACAGUGUUAGUGAACAAAACAAUGACAGUCUCAGACCACCAACUUUGCUUACUGGUUCACCAAACCAAGCUUCUCCUCAAUCUACGUUAAUGUCCUCACCAAGAAUAGAUGUUUUACGUUUCAAAAACAAUCCUAAUAGAUACAGUGUCAGUGCUUCGAUCACUAGUUUCUUCAGUAACCAGGCAGCUCUCGAUCCAGCGGUGCAACAUCACGACCAGUUGGAAACUGCAAGUCAUCACUCAAUCCACUCACAUCACUCUCACUUCUCUCCUCGAAGGAAACUGUUACCAGUCCCUGAACAUGAUGAAAUAUGUGAGCAUUAA